UCUGCUUGUUCUGUCUGCUGCCUUCGACACAGUUAACCAUCAGAUUCUUCUCUCCACCCUUUCAUCACUGGGUAUCACAGGGUCUCAACUAUUUCAGGGUUGCCUGCAAGGAGAAGUAUCCAAAGCACAUCAACUGGUUACGGGGUUCCUCAGAGAUCAGUGCUUGGACCCUUCCUCUUCUCCAUAUACACAUUGCUGGGAGUUAUUGGUAUCAACCAGUUCUGGAAAAAGUGGUAUCGGUGCAUUGCUACUUUAUAUCAUUUUUACGAUUUUUAAUGAAAUACAAGUUUUUAAUAAUGGAACUUAGUUUGUAUCUGCUUAUUCUAUUCAACUUUGUUUGAACCAUUAACCGUAUUUUCCAUAUUCCAUUUCUGGGUUAAAAAGGAAUGCAAAAGUACACAGACCGGUAGUUGCUCUUUUGUGCAUUGUGCGUGUUAUGUAAGGUGUUUACCUCUCCUGGAAGACGCAUCAGGUAUUAAAUGCCAGACACCAGAGUGGGAUCAUAACUGUACCAUCUUAGCAGACGGGUGUUAAGAAACACUGCAACUGUCAUCAUGUACAAGAAUAAAACCACCGAGACCACCAUUGAAAGCAGACCACCUGUCAGUUAUUUAGUGGCCUUGAAUGAUAAGUUGCAGAUGAAUGCAGACAAAGUGGAGAGGAACAUCGUUGAGACACAACAGAAUCUCAGCAGGGAUAUCAAGAAGAUUAAUGAAGGGAGGCAUCCCCUGUACGAGGAGCACAUCAAAAAGACAAUCCUGAACUCACUGGAGCUGCUGAAUUCUCUGGAUGAAGAUGCAGCUGAAGCCUCUCGUUUGCAGCACCCUCAGUCUGAGAUGAUUGAGAAGGAUAUGAAACAGCUGCGAGAGCGUGUGAUGAAGCUCCGUGAGGAACAUGAUGGCAUUAGCGAUUGCUACGCACAAUCAGAGCAGGUUCCCACCAUCAACCGGGAAAAGAACACUGAUGAGAAGCUGGAUGAUUCUGAAUGGGAAGUUAAAAGACCUUCAGAGGUCACGACAGAUGCAGAUAUCAAGUACAGUGUCAGCUCCUCUGAAGGGCAGCAUGAAUGUUCAGAGACUGGCCUCCGCUGGCGGUCUGACAGCGAUGUCAGUUUGGAGUAUCAGUUUGUUGACUGGAAAUCAAUCAGUAAAGAUAUUUUGAAGAACUACAAGCCCUGUGGACCUUUGAUGGACAUCACUGUAACCUCUGGCACCCUGGAGGAAAUUCAGCUACCUCACUUCGUCUGUGUAGAUUCUGAAUCUUCCUUGGAUGAUGCAGUGAAAGCUCUUCAUGUGAAGGACGGUGCUGUUUCAGUGGAAAGAUGUGAAUUAAAUGGAUUCCAUGCCAAGCUUGUCAAUCCCACCUUCUCAUUCCUGGCAAUUGUUGUAGAGGUGCAACAGUACCUCAAAAUGAAAUUUCACUGUGAAACUUUGAUUUAUCGCAACAGAACAACUCCCCUCAACCUUCAUGUGUACCUGAUUUUAAAGGAUAAAAAACUUAAGAAGGAUGUGGAGGAGAAGGAGCAAAAUAACAUGGAGAUAUUAAAACCAACUCCAGAUGAAGCCCUUAAAAUGAAUGACUGUUACAUCCUGAAGACAUCUUGUGACUCCAAAAUCAAACCGCUGAGUUUAAAAUUGACACCCAACAAGACCAACUUCUUUGAUUUACGCAUUAAAGAUGAAAUGGAAUCUCUUGAACUUUCUAUAGAGACAAAAGAGGGCCAAAAAAUAUGGGAUGUUAACAUAGAAUCAGAUGAAUUCAACAUGGACUGUUCAGUCUCUGACUGGCGUCAGAAAAAAAUUAAUAGAUCGGCGCUGAUUUGGCAAUGGUGGCGCCACAUGUUAGAGGCUAUGGAACACUCAGCUCGCGCUCGUUUUGAAACACCUCUUCUGCAAUCCGGAAGUGAGCUGAUGGGACUUCGGCCCGGAAGCACUUUUCAGGGGCGCUUUUCUUCUCUGACAAGUCAUCCGUCUGCAGAGACUGACACAGCACAGAAACAAAAAAGAUGCAAAAAUGGUGAAGGUGCUGAGUUUGUGGAGAAGCACAGGACAGAGUUGAUCAGAAGAAUCUCACUGGUGGAGCCCAUUGCAGAUGACAUGAAACGUCUGAUUGGAGAAGAAAAAUACGCACUCAUCUUAAAGUCAACAACAAAACAAGAAAAAAUGAGAACACUUCUGGACUUCCUGACAACACCUAAACUGAAAGAUAAACUUUACAAAAGUCUUGUAAAACAUGAGCACUCUGUUGUUGAAUAUUUGGAGUAUUCUGAGUAGAUGCUCUUCCAUGUGUCAGAAGAAUGAAUUCAUUAUGGUUUAUUUUAUUAUUAUUUUACAGCAGACAGGUCAUUAAUAAUAUAAUGUGGCCUGGAGUAUAAUCAGAUGUGGAAUAUACAGUUCUGAUUGGUUUGCAUACAGAGCUGUGGAAAGGUUUUUUUUUUUUCCUUGUUUAUAUUUUUUACACUCAAUGUCAUUAAGUGUUCAGAUAAAAUCCUUAGAAUACAUAACAUUUGAACUUUGUAACUUCCUGAAAUAUUUUGCACCUUCCUUUUGGAGAGGAAGAUUAGACAUUAUUCCAUAUGACAUCCAUUUUAAUAAUAUAUCUAUGUUUGUGAAAACUAAUUCCUUUUUGUGGUUGCCCUUGGGGAUAUAUAUAUAUAUAUAUAUAUAUAUAUAUAUAUAUAUAUAUAUAUAUUUAUAUGGGGCUAAUGGCCAACCUUAAGAAAAAAUGAGCUAUUCACUGCGCCUAAAAUGUAUAAUUGCAGAAAAUAUAUAUAUACAUUGUAUCGAACAUUAAAGGAGCAACAAAUUUUGUGUGAAAAUAAA